AUGGCGUCGCCCGCUCCAGCUGGCGCUGCGAGCGUCAGCUUCGGCGAGGACGAUGUAAAGAAGCGCGUCGGCAAAAAGUUACAGAAGAAGCGGCACGAAUCAAAUACCCCGGCCAUGGAACUACCAGAGAGGUUAAAGGAGGGCGACGAUAGUAGAGAGGAGGACUUAGUACCGCAGCAGGGCCCGCCUAUGUUUAUGAACAUGAACCAGUCCAUCUUCGGUCUCAUUGCUGCCGCCGGCUCACGGGUUGACUUCCACGAUCGCUUUGAAUCCAGCGACGAGGAGAGCGCCGACGAGGACGAACCCACUCGCCGUCACGGUGCCGAUAAGUUGGAUGGUGGCGACGACAAGGUCCACGGCGGCAUCGGCCAUCUCUUGCAUCGCAAACAGCGCCGCCAGAACGACUCCGACUUGUCAAAGACGACCGUCCUCAAGAAGGAUUCCUCUUCCAAGACCGAGAAACACCGGCGCAAGAUCUCCGGCUCCAAACUCCUCCGAUCGCUACCGGCGCUCCCACGUCUACCACGGCACAAGUCCAAAAAGGAGCCCUCUAAGCUCGAGCCCACCUCCGAGGAAGCUAGCGACACCUCCGAGCCCUCUCCGUCCCAACCCGCCGAUGAUACAAGAGAAGACGAUGACCAAGACGGCCACCGCCUGGCCCCCGUUAUGAGCAGGAUGCUCGAGGCAAAGGCGGAAAUGUCCGCAAGACCCAGUUUCGACGUUGACCGCCGGUCUAGCGACCAGCUGAAUUACAGCGACUCUGGCGAUUCAAACUCCACUGCGUUGGCGCGCCGUCUGCAGGAUAUCUUUGAGUUUGACCAUCCCGAAGCUGUCAUCGAGGAAUACCCUUGUUGGUUGCUCCAGAGCGUACUACUCCAGGGCUACAUGUACAUCACGGCAAAGCAUAUUUGCUUCUAUGCCUACCUACCCAAGAAGGCGCACGAGGUCGUCAAGUCGGGCUAUCUAUCCAAGAGCGGCAAGCGCAAUCCAAAGUACAAUCGCUACUGGUUCCGCCUCAAGGGCGAUGUUCUAGCAUACUACAAGGACCCCUCCAACGUCUACUUCCCCAGCGGCCAGAUCGACCUCCGUUACGGUAUCUCAGCCAGCGUGAACAACAACAAGGAUGGCCUCACCUUCACCGUCGUCACUCACCACCGGACCUACCACUUCCGCGCCGAUAGCGCUCCCAGUGCCAAGGAAUGGGUCAAGAGUCUGCAGAGAGUCAUUUUCCGCUCUCACAAUGAGGGUGACAGUGUAAAAAUCUCGCUGCCCAUCGAGAAUGUCAUCGAUAUUGAGGAUACUCAGAUGCUCGAGUUUGCCGAUACGUGCAAGAUUCGCGUCAUUGACAAUGACGAGACCUACGCCAUUGAUGAAUACUUUUUCUCCUUUUUCAGCUUCGGCAAAGACGCCAUCAGUGUGCUCAAGAUUCUCAUUGAGGAUGCCUCGUCUAGCGCAAAGGAUGCAGCCCUUCUCAAGGCAGCGCAAGCCCAAGAGGAGCAGGAGAGGCAAGAGAGGCAGCCGGUGCCGGCUUCGGCCCGCAGCUCCAUGAGUGCAAGUAGACGCAUCGCGCCGCCGAAGCUUAGGACGACCAAGCUGCCCGAUGCUGUCAAGGCGACGCUGUCGCCACUGUCUGCUCACAGUCCUUCGGCUCUCAGCCCACGUGCCAGUAUGGAUGCUGCGCGAGCUAGUUUCGAUGCCUUUAGGGGGUUCCGCCGCCGUAGUUUGGACCUGUCGACCAUCAUUCGCGAUUCCUCGCCCCGGCGCAGCUUCAGCGGCAAUCGGCGCUCCAUGAGCAGGAACCGUCUAGACGACUCUCGUCACGGAACCCACAAGCAAGGGUCUACUGACUCAUAUGUGCAGUCUUCGAUGGAAGACCCGAGCUAUUCUGGCAUGGUGGCAUCAUCAAACGAGGACCCCUCGGCAAGCCAAAUCCUGCGCGGCAGCGACGUCUUCCAGAACCCGACGGUGCGACGCUCAGCGUCUGCCUCACGGACCGAGCUCGAAAAGAAUCAGCGCCGCGACAACAGGAGCCCUCCUGCAUUGGCCGCAUACAGUGGCCAACAUGCUGCAACGACAGGCUCCAUCAAUGAUGGCGACAAGCCUCCCGUGACCCCUACACUGCAGAGCAUCACCAAGAUGGGCGCAUUUCCCCUGCAGCGAGUGGGCGCCUUUGCCCAGUAUCUCAAUAGCACUAGUGGUAAGUUGGGCUCCAUGCUGGCAACGGAAUCAAUGGGUUACGUCGAAAAGGUGUCUGGCAUGUGGCGAGGCGGCCGAAAGCACUAUGAUGCUCCGCCCGAAAUUAAGACGGACGAUGAAGAUCUAUACGAGGAUGCAGAGGGCAAGAUCCAGACUUCCAUGGAUCGGUUCCGCGCACAUUUCGCGCUGCCCGAGACGGAGAAGCUUCAAGCGACCUACUUCGGCUAUAUCUUGCGUGUCUUGCCAUUGUACGGCAAGAUCUACAUCAGCGACAAGUCCUUCUGCUUCCGCAGCUUGUUGCCUGGAACGAGGACCAAGCUCAUUCUCCCUUUGAAGGACAUUGAGAAUGUGGACAAGGAGAAGGGUUUCCGGUUCGGCUACUCCGGCUUGGUGGUUGUCAUUCGUGGCCACGAGGAGGUCUUUUUCGAGUUUGGUCAGGCCGAACUCCGAGAUGACUGCGCCGUUACUCUAUUGCAAAGCCUGGAGACGACACGCUAUCUCAAGGAGUCGGGAGACCUGGACCUGGACGAGAAGGAAGAAGAGGAGAACGCCAUGGCCGAGCGCGACGCGUUGAAGGAGGCCCGCCAAGUCGAGGAAUUCCACGACCACGAACUCCGCCUGCCAAAGGAAGGCUCAGGCGUGAGCGAUGCGCCGACGAUAUUGUUCGACGACCCCAAAGCCUCAUUCCUCAACUUCAAGCCUCCCCACUCGAUGAAGAUCACCUGCUUGACGAUCGGCUCCAGAGGUGACGUUCAACCGUACAUUGCGCUGUGCAAGGGCUUGAUUGCAGAAGGCCAUAAGCCUCGGAUCGCUACUCACGCCGAGUUCAAGGACUGGAUCGAGGGCCACGGUAUCGAAUUUGCCAAGGUCGACGGUGAUCCUGGUGAGCUCAUGAGACUCUGCAUCGAGAACGGUACGUUCACUUGGGCUUUCCUGCGGGAGGCCAACUCCAUGUUCCGCGGUUGGCUGGAUGAGCUGCUGGUCUCGGCGUGGGAGGCUUGCCAGGGCUCUGAUCUCCUCAUUGAGAGCCCAAGUGCCAUGGCAGGCAUUCACAUUGCAGAGAAGCUCUCGAUCCCCUAUUUCAGAGCAUUCACCAUGCCAUGGACCCGGACCAGAGCCUAUCCUCAUGCAUUCGUUAUGCCCGAAUAUAAGAUGGGUGGUGCAUACAACUACAUGACGUACGUCAUGUUUGACAACAUUUUCUGGAAGGCGACUGCUCAUCAGGUCAACCGCUGGCGCAAUAACACACUGAAGCUGCCCAACACCAGCCUCGAGAAGAUGCAGCCCAACAAGGUUCCUUUCCUCUACAACUUCUCCGAGUACGUCGUCGCACCGCCUUUAGACUUUUCGGACUGGAUUCGCGUCACCGGCUACUGGUUCUUGGAGGAGGGUACGGAUUUCAAGCCGCCUCAAGAACUUGUCGACUUCAUCGCCAAGGCGAGAGCGGACGAGAAGAAGCUCGUGUACGUUGGCUUCGGAUCCAUUAUUGUGAAUGAUACGGCCAAGAUGACCCAAGAGGUUAUUGACGCCGUUCAAAAGGCCGAUGUGCGCUGCAUCUUGUCCAAGGGCUGGUCGGAUCGUGUGGCGAAGCAGGGUGAGGCGGAGAGCGCAAAAGAUGAGCCCAUCAUCCCGCCCGAGAUUUUCGUCAUCAAGAGUGCGCCCCACGACUGGCUGUUUUCACAGAUUGACGCGGCCGCUCACCAUGGUGGAUCCGGCACGACGGGUGCCAGCUUGAGGGCUGGUAUUCCUACCAUUAUCCGACCCUUCUUUGGUGACCAAUUUUUCUUUGGCGGCAGGGUUGAAGACAUUGGCGUCGGUAUCUGCCUGAAGAAAUGGGGUGCAGUCUCUUUCGCUCGCGCGCUUUGGGAAGCUACGCAUAACGACCGUAUGAUUGUCAAGGCUCGCGUGCUGGGAGAACAGAUUCGCAGUGAACGCGGCGUGGAAAACGCGAUUCAGUGCCUGUACCGCGAUAUGGAGUACGCGACGAGCUUGAUCAAGAGAAAGGCAGGCAAGCAUGCGCAUGCUGAGGAAGACGAAGACGAAGAGGCCGAGGAGAGCUGGACGUUUAUAGGGAACGACGAGCCCGACCCGGAUAUGACAACCAAGAAGCUCUCUGAAAUGGGAGCACUGCCCGGGCUUCCUGGGGACAAGCCUCUGGGAAACAGAGUGAUGCGCGUGUCACCCUCGCCCUCACAGCAACCAGUGGCCUAG